UCAAUGAGUGAAAAGGAGUAGUAGAGAGACUUGGUGCAGUGCUUACUACACCAGUGAGGGUGGUAUAAUCACCUCCAAGGCCUGUGCUUCAGAUGAGCUCAGGUUUUGAAAGAAGAUGGAAGAGAAAGGCAUUAAGGACCUAGGAGGAUGCCUGCUCACACAUUCCGUUCUCCUUUGGACUCCGGUACAUGGUUUCUGCGGCACUGAAACAAGGCCAAAUUACUCCAACUGAGCUCUGUCAAAAAUGUCUCUCCCUUAUCGAGAAGACCAAGUUUCUAAAUGCUUACAUUACUGUAUCAGAAGAGGUGGCCUUAAAGCAAGCUGAAGAAUCAGAGGAAAGAUAUAAGAAAGGUCACCCACUUGGGGAUUUAGAUGGAAUUCCUGUUGCAGUAAAAGACAACUUUAGCACAUCUGGCAUUGAGACAACGUGUGCAUCAAACAUGCUGAAAGGUUAUGUACCACCUUAUAAUGCCACAGUAGUUCAGAAGCUGUUGGAUCAGGGAGCUCUACUAAUGGGAAAAACAAACUUAGAUGAGUUUGCUAUGGGAUCUGGGAGCACAGACAGUGUAUUUGGACCAGUUAAAAACCCCUGGAGUUAUUCAGAACAGUACAGAGAAAAGAGGAAGUGGAAGCCCCAUGGUGAGCACAAGGAUUCAAAUUGGCUUAUAACUGGAGGAAGCUCAGGAGGGAGUGCAGCAGCCGUAGCAGCGUUCACGUGCUUUGCGGCUUUAGGAUCAGAUACAGGAGGAUCAACCAGGAAUCCAGCUGCCCACUGUGGGGUUGUUGGUUUAAAACCAAGCUAUGGCUUGGUUUCUCGUCACGGUCUCAUUCCCCUGGUGAAUUCAAUGGAUGUGACAGGAAUCUUAACCAGAUGCGUGGAUGAUGCAGCAACUGUGUUGGGUGUACUGGCGGGGCAUGAUUGCAAAGAUUCUACCACAGUACAAGAUCCUGUUAAACCAUUUGUGCUCCCCAGUUUGACAGAUGUGAGCAAACUAUGUAUAGGAAUUCCAAAGGAAUAUCUUGUACCAGACUUAUCAAAUGAAGUACAAUCUCUUUGGUCCAAAGCUGCAAACCUCUUUGAGUCUGAGGGGGCCAAAGUAAUGGAAGUGUCCCUGCCCCACACCAGUUAUUCAGUCGUCUGCUACCAAGUAUUGUGUACGUCAGAAGUAGCAUCGAACAUGGCAAGAUUUGACGGGCUAGAAUAUGGUCACAGAUGUGACAUUAAUGUGUCUACCGAAGCCAUGUAUGCUGCAACCAGACGAGAAGGCUUUAACGAUGUGGUGAGAGGGAGAAUUCUCUCAGGAAACUUUUUCUUAUUAAAAGAAAACUAUGAGAAUUAUUUCGUCAAAGCACAGAAAGUGAGACGACUCAUUGCUAAUGAUUUUGUGAAUGUUUUUAACUCUGGAGUGGAUGUCUUGCUAACUCCCACCACCUUGAGUGAGGCAGUACCGUAUGUGGAGUUCAUCAAGGAAGACAACAGAACUCGAAGUGCCCAAGGUGAUAUUUUUACACAGGCUGUAAAUAUGGCAGGAUUGCCAGCAGUGACUGUCCCUGUGGCCCUCUCCAACCAAGGGUUGCCAAUAGGACUACAAUUUAUUGGACGUGCAUUUUGUGACCAGCAGCUUCUUACAAUUGCCAAAUGGUUUGAAAAACAAGUACAAUUUCCUGUUAUUCAACUUCAAGAAAUAAUGGAUGAUUUUUCAUCAAUCUUUGAAAAUAAAAAGUUAGCUUCUGUUUCUCUAAAACAGGAGUGACAAGUAUAUCAGACAAAUUAAAAUGACUUAAAGAUUUUAUAUUCUAGAAAAGUCAAAUGAUCUUGCUAAGCUCUUGCAAUUUGGUUCAUUGUCAACAUAACCAUUCCUUGGAAUCACUGUUUAAAAUUCUUGUGAUAUAGGCAAUUAUAAUCUGCCAUCAUUUAUUAAGCAUCUGCUAAGUGCAAAGUACAGGAUUUCUACUGUAAUACAAGACACGUGUUCCUGAAAAAUGAUGCAUUUUGCAAAAAUGUUCAUUAAAAAGAACAGAGCUUAUUUACUUUAUUAGGUAUAUUAAUGUUGAAUAACUAUGUUGUACACCUGAAACUAAUAUAGUAUUGUAUAUUAACUAUAUUUUAAUUUUAAUGAAAGG